AUGUGGCACGAAGCACGAAGACAAGAGCGUUUAAUUCGCGGCUUAAUAGUGGACUAUCGACGUAGGGCUGAACGACGAAAAGAUUUCUAUGAAAAAAUAAAAGCAGAGCCAACUCAAUUUUUACAAUUACAUGGAAGGGUGUGUAAGAUACAUUUGGAUCCAGCUGUGGCUGCAGCGGGAGAAGGGCCAGCUAUUAUGAUGCCCUGGCAAGGUGACACCAGCAAUAUGAUUGACAGAUUUGAUGUUAGGGCACACCUUGAUUAUAUACCAGACAUCAAAGUGCCAGACAUACCUCCAGAUGAACUUAGUCAAGAGGAGAGGCAGUGUAACUAUGAGCGAUACAGAAUCCUUGCUCAAAAUACUUUUCUUGGAAUAAGUGAAGAUAAGUUCCUUAAACAACUAGCAUUGGAAGAACAGUUUGGCAUCACCAUUGAGGAGAAAGAGAUGCAAAAGGAGCGUUUAAAUGAGAAAAAGGGGACAGGUGUAGCAAUUGGAUACAAUUAUAAUGAUCCCGGAUCUCAACCAUCCUGCUCAAACGGCCCUGAACUAACGGAAAGUAAGGAUUCUGAUGAUGAAUCUGAUUUAGAGAUCAUUGAUGUUGAUCUGAGCAUUGAUGUCAACAAAAUGAAGGCUGCACAGGCUCACGAGUUAAAUGCUGUGGGACCUCAAUAUGGUAUGACUGGAUGUGAUCUGUUCUCAUUUCUUACUGGUGACGCGGAUGAAGCGGAACAUCAGAAGCAAUUAUUGCGAGAAGAGAAGGAAAAAGCAUUGUUCUCCGGUAGAAAGAGUCGCAGGGAGAGACGCGCACAUCGGGAUAAAAGACUGCCUCCAUUACCAACAAGUCCACCGAGCUAUGCAGCUCCAGCUGAGAAGUCAAAAGAAGCAUCGCCUGCACGUUCGAAUACGCGAUCGCCUUCUCCUGAGGUGGAGAAUAUUGAGUUCAUCACCUCGUUUGGGCCUGAUGAAGAAGAUAAACCACCACCCACACCAAAGCCUCUCUAUUCUGAGAAACUAAAGAAGAAUCUUAAGAAAAAUAUGCUCUAUUCAGAAAUCGUGAGAAAGCGAAGAUCCAGGUCAAGAUCCCGCGAUAAACCCCGACCUGUAAUGGGACCGCGAUUCAGGGACUCGAUUUCCCGCUCGAGGUCUAAGUCUUAUUCAAGAUCCAGGUCCAGAUCCAAGUCCAGGUCUACUUCUAGGUCCCGAUCCAGAUCAAGGUCUAAUUCGUCCUAUCGAAGGUCUAGAUCUAGGAGUUACGGAAGGCGGUCGCGUAGCCGUUCAAACUACGGUGGAAAUGGAAAACGAAAUAGAUCCAGGUCGAUGUCAUAUGAAAGUAAGUGCGAGCCAAAAGCCGUGCCGCGUUACUACGGGCGUCGCAAAGAAGACAAAUCUUCGAGUGAACUCUCGCUCGAUUCUGACUCUAGCACUUCGGAUCAUAAUUAUAAAUCUUCAGUCGGCAAUAAAUCACAGGCAAACCAGAAUCAGUUACGAUUAACUGGAUCCAGCUCCAAAGGAACAUCGCGUGAGGCGCUGACAAUGAAGGAACGGCUGAAACGGAAAAUGCAAGCGCAGUUAUCGAGACAGUUGCGUGCGGACAAACGCCUGGAAGCGGAACGUCUGGAACGGGAAAGCAGGAGGCAGGCACGACGAGAUGAAGAGAUGCGGGAACUCGCUAUCAAGCUACGAAGGAAACAACGCGAAAUGCGACACCAACAAAGUCGUCGAUCGAGCGAAGACGACUCCGAAAGAAGUCGAAGUGGAUCAUCGCCCAGAAAAUCGCCAUCGCCAAAAGAGCGAAGUAAGUCCAAGAGCAAAACUCCAGAGAAACGCAUUCAGGUUUGGGAGUCGGAUGAAGUGUCUCCGUACAAGCAGAAGUACCAAGAAGUUGACAGGAGACGUCACGAAGAGGAAUUCAGGCAAAGGAGGGAUAAUAGGAUUUUCAGAGGCCGCAAAGAUUACAGAGGACAAAGACAUGAAGAUGGACCUUCAAGAAGAGAUGACUCCGAUGGGAGAAAAGUGAAGUUGGUGGACUAUUGA